CCUCGUCAUUCAGCCCAGCCCUUCGACCUCAAACUCGGGCCAGGAGCACGAGAGCACGUCAAGCUGUCCGACAUUUGCGCACUUCUGCACGACCCAAAAGAACACCAAUUGCCGCUAUACUCCCGUGCCAAACACAGCUAGACAGCUAUUGCAAUGUUGACAUCAGUCGGACGGGCUGCCGCCCGUCGCGUAGUCGCCGUCAACCGACUCGCGCUCACCACGAAUGGUGUUGCCAUUCCACGCGCCACCUUUGUCGCUCGCGCUAUUCCUAUCCGCAGCUUCAGCGUCUCACAGAGGACUCGCCAAGCGACCGCGACGGAUUCUCCCGCGAAGCCCAAGAAGACCACCAAGGCCAAAAAGCCCACCAAGUCCAAGGCCACCAAGGCAAAGACUAGCAAGGCCAAGAAGACCGUGUCAAAGAAGAAGGCAUCGCCCAAGAAGCCUGCGGUCAAGAAGCCCAAAAAGGAACUCACGCCGGAGGAGGCUGAGAAGAAGAAGAUCAAGGAAUUGAAGGCCUUGGCUCUGCUGAAGGAAGAACCAAGGCCUGGGCCGAACGCGGGACAGACCGAGUGGACCAUCUUUGUCGGCGAAAACACGCCUACGCCCCUGCAAAGGUCGUUGGCCGAGCACGUCAAGGACCUGUCGGCUAGGUUCAAGGACAUCUCCUCUUCGGAGAAGCAGCGUCUGGCUUCCCAGGCUGAGGCGAACCGUCAAGCAUACCAGAACAAACGUCAGUCCUGGCUGGCCAGCCUCGACGUAGCUGAUGUCUACAGCGCCAACCUAGCGCGCAGCCGCCUACGGAGGGCGCUCCCCAAGAAGCAGUUUUCAAAACUGGAAGAUGAUCGUCUCCCCAAGAAGCCUGUGGAGGGCAUGAACCUGUACGUCCAGGAGCGCAUGAGGGGCCAAUCUGGAAGCACUGCUAUCUUCAGUGAGGUCGUCCAGGAGUGGAAGAAUAUGGACGCAGCACAGCAGCAGUCGUACAAGGUUGCCAGCGAGCCCGCGCUCGCGGCUUGGCGCCAGGCGGUCGAGCAAUUGUCGAACGCAGUUGCCGAGAAGAAGAAGGCCAAGAAGGACGCUGCCAAGGCAGAGGCCGCGGCUGCUAAGGCGGCGCAGAUCCAGGCAAGAGAGGAGAGGAAGGCUGCUAGGGCGGCGCAGAAGGCCGCAUCUGCUUAAUCUGCCGAAACGGACGAUGGUAUCAUAUGCAAGCGGGCUGUGCAGAUACACUGCCUGAAGGGCGGUUGUCCCGGAGCAGUGGUGUAUUGUAUUUCUUUUGCUGGUUCUUGUUCGCGGGUGGGAUGUAUGCUUCUUUUUGUGUGAAUCUUGCAGCUGUGUCACGAGGUGCGGUCUCUUGCUUUCAAAGUGUAACACGAAAAAAGGGGG